UGCGUCACAGUCAGCUAGCUACAUCUUGCUAAGAGAAGGUGGAAUAUAUAAACUGGGAGGUAGAUUGGCUUCAAUCCAGGGAUUUAAAAAAGCAAAGACAAUAACCGGUAUAUAAGACAGAACUUGUCCUUUGUAAGACAUUGUCAACAUGGAGAACUGGCUUGGAUUAUGCCUUGUGCUACUCAGCGUUACCUGUUUCUGCAAAGCUGUUAACACCUGUAAUGUUCCUGACACCAAGAAGUCUUAUGUCACCAGCCUUGCCAUUAACAUGGCUCGUAGCGUGGGGCCGUGUGUCCCUCCUGAUCCCAGCGUCCUUCUGGCACUUAACCUGGGACAGGUCAAGGAUCCGACAGCCCAAGACAUGCUAAUCGAACAGUUGAAAAAUGAUGCAGUGGAUAGAGUGUCAAAAAAUGUGCCCUUUACCUCAGGGAAAGUGGCCCUUUAUGUUCUGGCUCUUCGCUCUUCGUGUGUUGAUCCCAGCAACAUCUCUGUCCAAAAAGGAAGCAUUAACCUUGUCCAGCUUCUGGAGAACAAGACUCGUGAAGAGCUGCAUGCUUUUGAAAAUGGGCCAUCUCCAAAGGCAUCCGUAAUAACCACUUGGUACCAAGUAGGUCUUGACCUUAUCGGUCUCUGCACCAUGUCCAGCCCUUAUGCUAUUUCAGCAGCAUGCAUUGUGGCCAACCACACUACACCAGAGGUGUGUGGUUCUGUAGACACCGCAGCCGUAGUAGUGAUGGGGUUGGUUUGUGUGCUUGGCAUGGAAAAUGUCCCUGAACAAACACUUACAGAAGUGAGGACAACCCUGGCUGGUCUCUUGGGUUAUAUUUUGGAGCAUCGAGAAGACGGACUUAUCGGCAAUGCUUACAGCACAGGCCUAGCUGCACAGGCUUUGUUGGCUGCAGAGAAGUAUUUUUUAGUGAACUGGAAUUGUUCUAGAACAAUACAAAAAGUGCUUGACCUAAUACCCAAGAAGACGUUCUCCUUGCCCAUCGCUGCUGCCCAGGUGCUGCCUUUCCUGUGGGGUACAAGCUAUGUCUCUGUGAAGAGUCUGCAAUGUCCAGAAGAUGAUGCUCACUUAAUCUCAGUGGAAUACACGAUUGUGAAUAACUUAAUAGGAGAACAUUUUUGUCAUCCUACUAUCGUAGCAGUGAAAGAAGGAUCAACUCUACUGCAGGUCAUGCAAAAAGCUGCUGAACAAGAUCCUAAUGAAUUCAGCUUCGAGUCCCAAGAUUCCUCUUGGGGAGUUUUCAUCACGGCCAUUAACCACCUUGCUGGAAGCACCAAUGAUAAGACCUACUGGCAGUUCUUUAGCGAUAACACACCACUGGAAGUAGGUGUCAGUAGCUACAUACCCAAGAAAAAUGACCAUAUCACCGUCAUCUUCAGCAAAUACUAAUUAUAUUGGCCUUCUAGAAUAUAUCUCCAUGUGCUGGCUUAACAACUUUAAAGAAGAACUAAACUCUCUCAAUCAGCAUUUUAUUAUUCCUUAAACUGUUAACAUUAAAUAGAUAUGAAGGUAUAUUAUAUUUACUUUACUUUUUUUUUUUUUUUUACAUGUCUUCAGUUGCUUUCUGGUUUUUGGCCUAGGCAAGUGAUGUCAUACAUCUCAGGAGUCUUCAUGGGCAUUUUAUUCUUUCAUCUGAGCUAAGCAUCCUCCUGCC